GCCAAGCUUGUAUAGUGUUAGGCAACCUUAUCAUAGUUAAACAACAACAUCGUGUGACUAUUUUUUGGCAAGAUGGAUUACGACGAUUACGACACGCUACCCCCUUUAAGUGCCUCAGCCAGGCGAGACUACGACAAAUGGAUCGGAGACAGAAGGGAACAGUACACAGACGAUGAGGAGGAUGAAGAACUGGAACAGCCCCCGUACUACCAGAUGCCAACUGUGGUGUCACGGGACGAAUGGGGGGCUCUGCCCCCUUUCAGCAGACCCCCUCUCAAAAUGCCUGUCAAGUACAUCAGGUUCACCUGCACAAUGACACCGCAGUGUAAACACAGAGAAGACUGUGACGCGCAGGUCCGCAAGAUACAACAGGACGCCAUCCAGACCAGGAAGAUACCGGACAUCGACUACAAUUUUCUAGUAGGUGGAGACUUUGCACAUAUUUAUGAAGGACGGGGUUGGUUCGUUGAUGCUACAAGACCAAAGAAGCUUCAGUAUCUGAGAGGAAACUGUAUAGACAUAGCGUUCAUAGGAGACUUUACACAAAAUGACCCACCCGCGCCAAUCCGCUUUAACGCUGAAAAUGUAAUAUUACUUGGGCAGCAUUACGGGUACGUUGUAAGAGGUGGUCUCAUAGACAGGGAGCCUGUUGUGAUACCUUUCAGGGAUGGUAUUGAUAUGAGGAGAUGGUCACAGCCUUCAAUGGAUCACCUAGACCCGGCUUACUAAUGUAAUAUUGGUAUUGUGAUAUUUGUGUGGAUAUGUA